GUCUUCCCUUCAUUCCAAGUAAUAUGUCUAACAUUAACUUUGUAUGUUUACGAGAGGUCGUUGUCCCAAUUGAAUCUCCCCAAACCUGUGCUGCAGUGGUCUUCUCCAAGGGCUGGGAAAGGCGCUGUCGUUUUCCAGUUCAAAUCGACAGGGAGAACCUUCUCAGUGCUCUCGAAAAGCUACAAGGAAUUGGUACUUCUGAUACCGAUAUUGACAAGACGCUACUUCAAAUUGCCCAUACGUGCCUGUGUCCACGGUGGCACAAAAAGGUCAGCAUCAAUGCGGUCCAACAUUGGAAAGCACAACUUGACCAGACAAAGAUCGUGACACCCCAGAAGAACCCAGAAACACCAACCAAGAUGAAGAGUGCGGGUUCCAGACAACGCACCCCAUCCAGCCUCCCACCCAUUGUGUUCGAGCCUUAUGAAGAUAAAUCCCCCGAGGACUGGAACCGUCAGAUGACCGACCUUUUAAAUAGGUCUCUAGGCGAGAAAGACCUUGAGAGUGGAUACAUCUACGCGAUCAGCCAUAGUUCCGCAGGAGAAGGGAAAUAUAAGAUCGGAUUCUCCAAACAUCGACCGGACAAACAGCGACUCAAAACUCACGAAAAAUGCUAUCCCGGUCUGAGUAUUCCGGUCUUCUAUGAAUUUCCCCGAGCCCGUCGGUUCGAACAGCUGAUAUUGCGGGUGCUCGGAGACAGGCGUAUUCAACAUACGUGCCAUCGUUGCCCGGGCGGCCCAACGCAGCAUACUGAAUGGGUAGUUGCCAAUCGACAGUACGUCAAGGAGGCUCUAUAUGUUUGGUCGCAACUCGCAGAUACAGGAUUCUAUCUACCGAAUGGAUGUCUUAAUCCGCAGUUUACACUUCCUGUUGCAAGCUUCUCGGCAGACAGCGAUAGAUGGAUGAGGUGGGCCAAGGACCAGCUUGCAAUAGAUCAGCAUUCGCCUUUGGAGCCAUCCCCGACUCUAUAUGGAAGCGCCAAUUUCGAGUUCGCUAGCAACGAUAACUCGAUGUACUUGGAUGACGAUGAAAAUGUUCCCUAUCCUGAUACUCCUCUCCAGGGUAAAAUAUCGGACCGAAAUCCAACAAGGGUCGAUUUGAUAACGGCUGUUGACAGACUGAGCUUGGGCUAGUAAAGGGACCAUACUAUCGUACAAAGGAACUCGAUGAAGAACAUAAGUAUGCAGCAGAACAAUCAAUUGAGAUAGGUCUGAUGAGGAUCAAUAUGUUGGAGACAGGAAUAUAGCUAGACUGACUAAAUCUCUGAUACAUUGGCCAUUGAGUAUAUAUAAAGAAGACAAGCACUCAAGCACUUAUAUACAUAUGUAUAUAGUAAUAUAUCAUCCUAAUCAUUCAUUACGGAUAAUACCAUACAGCUUCAUGCAAUCCGGA